UUUACGGGGCGGGCGGCAGCGGCGCUGCCAGGCAGGGCCAGGCCUCGGCUGGGGGGGAGCGGCCGGGCCGGGCCAGGCUAGGCCGGGCCGGGCCUCACCUCACCUCAGCAUAAUGUCCGCCUGCCACUGCUGCGCCGCCGCCGCGCGGCUGCUGGGCUCUGCGCGGAGAGGUAUUACUUGCGGUCGUACACGCGUCCCUGUUUUAGGAAAGCUUGGGACUUUUGAAACUUGUUCCCUCAAACGAAUUCCUCUUAGAAACUUUUCAGAAACACCAGCGUAUUUUGCUUCAAAGGAUGGCGCAAGCAAGGAUGGCUCUGGAGAAGGAGGCAAGAAGUCUGUCGGUGAAGGGGGUGGUAAAAAGUCAAGCUCUGGAAGUUCUGGGAAAGGAGGGAACCAGCUGCGCUGCCCGAAGUGUGGUGACUUGUGCACACACGUGGAGACCUUUGUCUCUUCCACUCGUUUUGUGAAGUGUGAGAAGUGUCACCAUUUUUUUGUUGUACUGUCAGAGGCAGACACAAAAAAGAGCAUCAUUAAAGAGCCUGAGUCAGCAGCUGAAGCUGUGAAAUUGGCAUUCCAGCAGAAGCCACCUCCUCCACCGAAAAAGAUUUAUAACUACCUCGACAAAUAUGUUGUUGGUCAGUGUUUUGCCAAGAAGGUGCUUUCAGUAGCUGUGUAUAAUCAUUACAAGAGGAUCUACAAUAAUAUUCCAGCUAACCUGAGACAGCAGGCUGAAGUUGAAAAGCAGACUUCUUUAACACCAAGAGAAUUAGAAAUCAGAAGACGGGAGGAUGAGUACAGAUUUACAAAGCUGCUGCAGAUUGCUGGGAUUAGUCCACAUGGUAAUGCUUUAGGAGCAUCGAUGCAGCAACAAAUGAACCAGCAAAUACCUCAGGAAAAACGGGGAGGAGAAGUACUAGAUUCGCCCAAUGAUGACAUAAAACUUGAAAAAAGUAAUAUUUUGCUGCUUGGACCAACUGGAUCAGGUAAAACCUUGCUGGCUCAGACUCUAGCUAAAUGUCUAGAUGUACCUUUUGCUAUCUGUGACUGUACUACCUUGACUCAAGCUGGCUAUGUUGGCGAAGACAUUGAAUCUGUCAUUGCAAAACUGCUGCAAGAUGCCAACUACAACGUAGAAAAAGCUCAGCAAGGAAUUGUUUUUCUGGAUGAAGUAGAUAAGAUUGGCAGCGUUCCCGGUAUUCAUCAGUUACGGGAUGUUGGAGGAGAAGGUGUUCAACAAGGCCUGUUAAAAUUACUAGAAGGCACAAUAGUAAACGUUCCAGAAAAGAAUUCCCGUAAGCUACGUGGAGAAACGGUGCAGGUGGACACAACAAACAUCCUCUUUGUAGCUUCUGGUGCUUUCAAUGGUCUUGACAGAAUUAUCAGCAGGAGGAAAAAUGAAAAAUAUCUAGGAUUUGGGACACCAUCUAAUAUCGGAAAAGGCAGAAGGGCUGCAGCAGCAGCUGAUCUUGCUAAUAUAAGUGGAGAGUCCAACACACACGAAGACAUAGAAGAAAAGGAUCGCUUGCUGCGUCAUGUGGAAGCCAGAGAUCUCAUUGAAUUUGGCAUGAUUCCUGAGUUUGUGGGACGUUUGCCUGUUGUGGUUCCUCUGCACAGCCUUGAUGAGAAAACCCUUGUACGGAUUCUUACUGAGCCACGAAAUGCUGUGGUCCCCCAAUACCAGGCAUUAUUCAGCAUGGAUAAGUGUGAAUUAAAUGUAACUGAAGAUGCAUUGAAGGCUAUAGCCAGACUAGCCCUGGACAGAAAAACUGGUGCAAGAGGUCUGCGAUCUAUAAUGGAAAAGCUGUUGCUGGAGCCCAUGUUUGAAGUGCCCAACUCUGACAUCGUAUGCGUGGAAGUUGACAAAGAUGUUGUAGAAGGCAAAAAAGAGCCAGGAUACAUUAGGGCUCCCACUAAAGAUUCAUCCGAAGAGGAAUAUGACUCUGGAGUUGAGGAAGAAGGCUGGCCUCGACAAGCAGAUGCUGCAAACCAUUAAAUACUGUCAGAACGCUCUCCUGCAUAAAGCGCACUUGGUUAUUUCCUUAGGAUUUGCCUCUGGCUUCACAAUCUGAUACUAACAGCAUUGGAUCUAUCUCGGAUAUGAUACGUGAUGAGGAACUUUAUUAGAUAAAUCAGAUCGUGUAUUUUACUGUGACAUCACAUUGAUUUAUUUGAUGGACAUUGUGUGGACUUGAACGGCAUAAUGUUCAAAUAUAAAUUGUAUAUUACAUUUGUUCGAUUAAAAUGUAUAGCAAAUAUAGCAACACCUGAAUUGCUUUUUCUAAAAACUAAACAGCAAUGCAGGUACUACCAAUAGUUAGAUUUUACAAUAAUGUUACUCUACAAAUGGGAAAACAAGUUUAAUAAUUAGUAGAGGGUGAAUAAACUAUUAGCUCCUCAUGUGACUCGCACGGGGUUGUGUUCAGGUCAGUGUUAGAUUUCUGCUGGUGUUUGAAACCCAGCAGGUGCUGGAGUGACUUGUUACAUGUGUGGGAGGAAGCCCUUGCAACAGGAUUUUGAAAAACUAGGGGACACUUUAUGGACACUGCUGGGAGAUUUUGCUAAAUGUAACACUAGCUUGUUACGUUAAUUUGGAUGCAAUAUCAAAUACAUCCUAUUGCUCACCUCUCCAUUAGGAGUAAGUUUUAGUCACCUGGAGUACCGUGAAAGAAGGUGAAGACAACAAUUUGCUUAUUUUUUCCAGAAGGGUAAAUAAGAUUUCCAGGAAUUGGUAAGCCAUCUGAGUUUGGAAGAGAACUUGGCAUAAAUUUUUAAAUAUUAAUGUUCUAAUAUAGUACAUUUUGUUUAACAUAUUGGAACUAUCAUGCAUCAAUUUUUUGGUGCCAGGUAUUUGCCCAACCUAUCUUAUAAUGUUGAGAUGAAAGAAGUAAAUGUAUAAUAUUUUUGAUGUAAUCAGUAGUGAUUGUUCACAUGACAGUGCUUUUAAGUUAUAUGCUCAAAUGCUAGUAUUGCAUCUUGUGGUUUUGUCUUUGAUUUUUAGUCUCACAGCAAGCAAUCCUCCCUCUUCUGUUUCACGUCAAAAUAAAUUCAAUCCUUUAGGAAAGUCUUUGUAAAAAAAAAAAAAAAAAACCAACACUAAAGGACCUGUAUGUUUUUUAUUUGUUCGAGGAAUUAAAAUUGUUGCUUACAACUUGGUUUUGUCCUUCAGUGAUGCACAGAUUUAGAUUUUACUGGGCCCUUUUUAAUUUUAAUUCACGCUAUUUCAAUAAAACUUGCAUCAUUCUUUUCCAUCUAGUAGAUAUUUUAGGUAAGGGAAGGUACUGCAGAUGUGUUGGCCCUAUUUCUCGUUAAUUUUUGUCAUGUAAGUUGUAGGUGAUGGUCCUGUAAUACUUGUGUUCCUACACAGAAAGCAGUUUUAGCGAGAUGCAACGGAUGCUGGUUAGGAUUUCACGUUUUUUUUUUCUGGUUAAACGACCCGUUAAUGGUUCAGAAAAAGCUGCUUUUAGAAUUGAGGAAGUUUCUAGGAGAAGCUUAGUCACCUCAAAUCUAAAUCUGUGGUGAUCUGUCUGUAACUUUAUCCUCAUUUUCCUUUUUGUAGAGUGAAGAACAUAACCGACCGCUUUUAACUCCAAAUUCUUUAAUCCUUUUUUAAGUGGAGCAGGGGGAGGGGAAACAUUUUAGGCAAAACUGUUGAACAACUUAGUUUUGGAAGUUGUUUCGCCUUAUGUAACCAAGAACUGUUUUUAAGGAAACAAAUGCUGUGUAACUACAGUUUGUACUUCACUGCUGGCGUUUGAAUAAAACAAAGUGGAAUACUCGA